CGUUCGUUAGAGAUAAAUGUUGCAACAGGUCGUUUUAUUACUCCUCCCACGCGAACUCGCUGUGGGAACCCCGUUGUUCCUUCAAUGUCCUGGUCAGAACAGCUCUACGAGCGCAUCCCGUCUACUAUGCCUACUAUGUCUCUUGCAAAUUCGCAGAUAAGUCGUUACAAUGAAUUACAAACUGUAAAGAAAUUAUGAAAGGUCCGAAUUAGUGUGCUGCAUAAUCCUGGUCAGUUAAACUAUGACUCCGGCGUGGAAACAACAGUUGCGGUGUGACGCCGCGGCGGGCGCGAGAUUGAGAGCGACUGACCCCCCCCUUUCUAAGCGUAUAGGGGGUGUUCCCCAGCUUCUGCCCUGGUCCUCUCUGCCCCUCCCCCACUCUGACCCUAUCCCUCCAAACUCUAGGAUCAAUCGGCUUCCGGCUCUCCCAGUCUUCCACACUCGUCAUGCUGAGGAGAGUGCCGAGCGACCACGUUUGGUGACCGUGGUCCGACCAUGCAGUCAUAGCGCCAUCAGGAAGGUGACAGUGCUAUUAAACCGUAGGGGUGUUGUCUCGUAUGAGCAGCUGCUAUUGGACAUCUCUGAGGCGCUGGGGUUCCCUCGCUGGCACAGGGCCAGAGUCACACGGCUCUACACGCCACACGCACGAGAGGUGCACGGUGUGUGUGAUUUCUUCCGCGGCGAAGUGGCGUUCCUGGCUUUGGGAAAGUCUCGUCCAGACCUCCAAAGUGUCAAGGAGGCCCUGGAGGAAUUGUUCCCACAACAUUCCCGAUACCGUGACGAUGCACUCCGGGCCUGGGAGAGGAAGUUACCCCCUCCGCCUGAGAAAGCUGCAAAGGCCGACAGUGGAUACAGCGAGGACACAGACGCCCACACACAACCUGACGCAGACACACACCUCGACACAGACACGCAGACACAGAGCAACACAAGGGUCAGAGUGAAAGACGCAGACAGUCAGAGACCGAUAGGUCCUCUCCCCCAGGACGAGGAGGUUGGAGGGAAGAUAGACAACUCACCUCCUCCACGCUGCCGAAACUGUAAGCUCUCUGAGCAGCCUGGUCAGAGAUCAGGGAAGAUUAGACUUCCUCCUGUAGCCAGGAAGCAGACAGGAAAUAGACCAAACCACCUGGUAGGAGAGAAACCUAAUGCCGGUCUCGCCUCACGCCACACCAGACCGACUGGUAGGAUUAAGGAGGAGUCCAUCAGCCAAUCAGAAUGUUUGUCAGAUUCUAAACAGGAAAAGGUGGGGACUAAGUAUGAAGUUCUAUUUGACCUCCCUUCUGAUGAUAGUGUUGUCACCCUGUCAGAUAUUGAGCGUUGCUAUGACAUCGGCCACAUAAUUGGUGACGGGAAUUUUGCUGUUGUGCGUGAGUGUCGUCGGCAUGACAACGGGGAAGCUUUCGCCAUGAAGAUUGUGGAGCGCUCAAAGCUGAUUGGUCGUGAGCAUAUGAUGCAGAAUGAGCUGAGCCUCAUGGGUAGCCUGUCACAUCCCCGUGUGGUGCGCCUCCUUACACACCACCACACACACACACACUCCUAUCUUGUCAUGGAAAUGGUUGCCGGGGGUGACCUGUUUGAGGCAAUUGCAGAGCGGGGUAAAUAUCCGGAAGAGGAGGCUGGCCUGAUGGUGUGUGAUGUCAGCGAGGCUUUGACAUACAUCCACAGCAAGAGCAUAGUACACAGAGACCUGAAACCUGAAAACCUACUGGUGGAGUGCAGUAGUGACAGUGUCACUAGGUUGAAGCUAGGGGACUUUGGUCUAGCCAUGGUGGUGACAGAGCCCAUCUUCACUGUGUGUGGAACGCCCACCUAUGUUGCCCCGGAGAUCCUCUCAGAGACAGGGUAUGGUCUACCAGUAGAUCUUUGGGCAUUAGGGGUGAUUCUGUAUAUCCUGUUGUGUGGGUUCCCUCCCUUUCGAAGCAGAAACAGAGACCAGGAGGAGUUGUUUCAACUGGUCAGAGAGGGACAACUCACCUUCCUGUCCCCCUACUGGGAUGACAUCUCAGACGGCGCACAAAGCCUGGUAAGAGCCUUACUGCAGGUGGAUCCAACAGAGAGACUGACAGCAGUUCAGACACUGACACACCCCUGGAUUCAGGCCACCAGUGACCAUCACAGACCACUACAGACAAGUACAGACCCACAAACACCACUACGGACAAGGACACCACCAACCAGAACGGACCACCACAGACCAGCACAGCCCACCAAAGAACAGCGCCGACCAGCACAGAACCAUUCGGAACAACACAGACCUGUUCACAGUCCAACCCCAGUAGACCAGCAGAAACCAGCACGGCCGAUUAAAGACCAGUGCACAUUGCUACAGACCGGUCGCGAGCUUCAGAACCAUCCACCAGACUCCUCACGACAACCCGAAUCAACCGGCUGUUCACCCCAACAAGAGCACCCUUCCACACCCACAUCCAGUCCCCCGCCACCCACCAAGACGGCGCCAUCUCCUCAAUCCCCCACACAGCGGUGUACUUCGACGCCCCCUGGCACAUCUCAACCUCCCUGCCCGGUCUCCCCAUUCUUAGCACCAAAAGCAGCCCGACACCCCAAGCCUGCAAACCACGCCCCGUCAUCAACACCCCUCGCCACCUCUCCAGGGCCAGUUUCACUCAACCAAACUGCCUGAAUGUUUUCAGAGAACUGAAGUGCUUUUCUGGGAAGUGUAAAUAUCUGAUGUUAUACAAAAACCAUGUUCUGGAUUUUAGCAUGGUGGAAUGUCCCCACUGUGAUACACUUGAAUAAAAUAGGUUAGUAUGUAGGUUGUUGUAUUGAGUUUAGUUAACUGUAUCAUUUCUAACAACAGAUAACUCUAUUUCCUUUGUAUGUUAUUGAUCUGACAAUGUGUUUAUUUACACGCGCAUUUGUACAGCACUAGUAAUAAAUACAUUUAAACUGAUGUUGGAGUGGUGUAUGACAA